UUCAAGAUUUUAUUAAAGAUUAUCAAUAGGCUUUUUUAGAAAAAAGAAAAAAAAAGAAUUUAUUUUUUAAUUUGGCCAACUGAAUUAGACCACCGGAAACUAUCGUAACUUUGGAAUGGAUAAGAAAACGAAGCAAACCCCAAUAUGAAUCAAUGAUCAAUAACAUAAAAUGAGAGGUCCAGAAGAAUUUCAAGCUUUCUCCAUUUUCUUCCUCCCUCUCCCAGUUCUCCUUCUCUCUCUCUCUCUAAAGAAAGAUAAACAAAGAUGAUAGUUUUCAACCCAAUUCAAACCUCUUUCACAGUCCACAAAAAUACCUUCUUAUUACACACACCAAAACUCCCCAUUUCAAGGAACUCCUUCUUCUGCCUUUGUCAGUCCAACACUUCUGAUUCAACUCCUUCCACACCACCACCUGAAGGAGAUCCCCAAAAGCAAGAGAUACUUGCUAGAAUUGCACAACUUCAAACUCAAAAACUCCGUCUCACCGGCUUCUUAGACGAAAAAUCUGCUGAUCUUACUCAGUUUGCUGAAGAGGCCGAUGCAGAGUUUGAGAAGAUUGGUGAAGAUGCCCUCAGAGGGCUAGACGAAGCCAGUGCACGGAUUAUGGAGAACAUUGAGAGUCAGAUGCAGGUCUUUGAGGAAUCUAUAGAGUUGAACAGACAGGAAAUAGAGAAAAAUGAUGAUAUGUUGGCAAAAUUUGAAGGCCAAAUUGAAGAAGAACGAAAUGAAGGUCUUUUCUUUAAGAAUCUUAGGCCCAGAAAGCCUGCAGACAUAGUGAAGGCUAAAGUGGAGAUGGAGAAGAUUAAUGAGCUUACGAAAGAAAAUGCUGGUUCGAAGACGAGGCGAUAUAUCUAUCUUGCAUUCAUUGGCCUGCUAGUCGUAGCAAUUGCCGAAUCAUUCCUUUCUUCACCUGAUUGGCGAAAAGUCGCUGUUCUUGGAGCAAUGCUUAUUGCUUUGAUUUCUCAAUUUUCUUAUGAGCAAAGGAUGUCAUCUGAAAUAGAAAAAACAGAAAUCAAAGAGCAAUCUGAGGAAAAAGAGUGAAGAAGUUAGUCUUGUUAUUGCUGAAAGCAUGAGGAAAAGAUAGAAAAUAAUAACUAUAGCAUGAGACAUAAACUCCAAGCGAAUCCUCUCUGCUCGGGUCUGAUACAUCAAGCUACUUCACUUUUGCAUCGAUAACAUUUGGUCUUGGUGAUUAUGACUUCAAUCACCACGACCUUUGUAAUGAACUACAAAAAUUGAUGCUUGGAAUCGACAUGACUAGUAUUUGAAAAGAUCUUGUAUCAAUAUCUUAAACAUAAUUACAUGAACUGUUUUUGCAGUA